AGCAUUUGUUGAAGAACGGCAAAAUUGUUGAGAACCAUGGCAAUGACAUUAUUGGGUAAAAGUGGAGGUUGGUGGUUGGUUUCCAAAGGUUGGUUUCAGAGAUAUCUUUGUUAUCAGGAAAGAAGACUGUUGAGUGGCUUUUUACCUACCAACUAUUGGAUAGCUUCUUCCCAAUACUGUAGGUGUUUUCCGUGGUCGUCGCCUUAUUAUAUUCGAAGAAGUUUUUGGACCUUUACUAGCAAGUUUCCGAAUCGUUUCCCAGUUUUAUUACCGUUGAAGAAAAGUAAGCUAGGAAGACCAUUGAUGAGUGCCCAUAUGUCGAAAGAUGUGAAGCAAGAAACUAUGUCAAUGAGGACAAACAGACUGGCAAAUGAGAAAUCUCCUUAUUUGCUUCAACACGCAAACAAUCCUGUCGACUGGUAUCCUUGGAGUGAAGAGGCUUUCGGAAAAGCAAAGGAGGAGAACAAGCCCAUCUUUUUAUCUGUCGGUUACAGCACAUGUCACUGGUGUCACGUCAUGGAAAAGGAGAGUUUUGAGAACGAACAGAUUGCAUCAAUACUUAACACGUAUUUUGUAUCUGUUAAGGUAGACAGAGAAGAGAGACCGGACGUCGACGGUGUUUACAUGACAUUUGUACAGGCAACUAACGGCAAUGGAGGUUGGCCUAUGAGCAUAUUCUUGACUCCUGAUCUUGUUCCUUUCGUAGGGACAACCUAUUUGCCUCCCGACCGUUUUGCAAGUGCUUUACAACAGAUAGCUGAAAAAUGGAGAACUUCCAAAGAAGCAAUUGAACAAGAAGGCUCUCGUGUAUUGAAUGCUCUCCAACAAUAUCUUGACGCUCCUAGAAAGGAUGACUCGUUGAAUAUAACAACUAGUUGUCUUGAACAAGGGUAUAUGGAAGCAAAAGAAAUGUUUGACGAAGAGUAUGGUGGCUUCGGCACUGCUCCAAAGUUCCCACGUCCAGUAGUUUAUGAUUUCUUGUUCACGUUGUAUUGGUUUGAUGGUGGAAAAACGGAGCGUGCUAAAGACUGUCUCAAUAUGGCUUUGCAAACAUUGAGUAAUAUGGCAAAAGGUGGAAUACACGACCAUCUUGGAGGUGGUUUCCAUCGAUAUAGCGUCGACCAAUAUUGGCAUGUUCCACAUUUCGAGAAAAUGUUGUAUGAUCAAUCUCAGCUUCUUCAGUCUUAUUUGGAUGCAUACCUUAUUACAAAGGAUGAAUCUUUUCGUGAUACAGCAAUCGAUAUUUUAAGCUAUGUCCUUCGAGAUAUGACAGAUAAGAAUACUGGUGCCUUUUUCUCUGCAGAAGAUGCAGAUUCUUUGGAGCCAUUCUCAACAGAUUCAUCAUCUAUCAAUUCGGAAACUAAAAAAGAAGGUGCGUUCUAUACUUGGACUGACUUUGAAUGUAAACUGAUCCUGGGUCCAACAACUUCAAAGCUCAUUUCAGAGCACUUUGAUAUAAAACCUGAAGGAAAUGCACGUCCAGGUUCCGAUCCUUUCGGAGAACUUGGUGGAAAGAAUGUUCUCUAUAUCGCCAAAAGUUUAACUGAAGUGAGCAAGUCGAUGGGAGUUUCAGAAGCAGAAGCAAAUGUUGCCAUUCAGGAAGCCAAACAGAAGUUAUGGGAGCAACGCAACAGACGUGCAAGACCUCACUUGGAUGACAAAAUAAUCACAAGCUGGAAUGCAAUGAUGAUAUAUAGUCUUGUAAAGGCCUAUAUAGUACUGGAGGAUGAACAAUAUUUGCAGAAAGCAAUGGAUGCUGCAACAUUUUUAAAGAGUUAUAUGAUAGAAACUACUUCUCAAGAGACAACGCUGAUUUAUCGCAGCUAUCGUGAAGGUCGGUCAGAUGUUGAGGGAUUUGUGGAAGAUUAUGCACAUACCAUCCGAGCAUUUCUCAGUGUAUUUGAAGCAACAGGAAAUGAGGAAUGGUUGAAAUAUGCAAUACAAUUACAAAAUACUCAAGAUGCUACCUUUUAUGACGAAGUGAAUGGAGGUUACUUUUCUACCAGUAGUCAAGCGAAAAAUAUUCUUCUAAGAAGGAAAGAUGACUAUGACGGCUCAGAACCAUCUCCUUCAGCCGUAAGUGGCUGGAACUUGUUUCGCUUGGGAGCUAUUACUGGAGAUACUAAAUAUUAUGAGAAAUUCAAAAGUACCAUCAAUGCAUUUUCCAUACCUGUCAACAAAGCUCCAUUUGGUGUACCUGCAAUGUUGAUAAACUGUUGUUUACUUCUCAAAGAAGCAACUCGUGUAGUAUUGGUAGUUGACAAUAUGAAAGAACCUCGAACUAGAGACCUGGUAAACGCAGUUGUGUCACGUUUCGAACCCAACCGUGUUUUGAUUCCCUUGAAACCUGAUAACCAGCGUUUCCUUUCUUCCUUAUCCACCGAGUUGAAAGCGAUGAAGAUGAUAGAAGAUAGUCCUACUGCAUAUGUCUGUUUUGGAAAAACUUGUAAGAACCCAGUUACAUCAAAAGAGGAACUAUGUGCCUUGCUGGAUUCUGAGAAAUAGACCCCCUUGCUGUUUCUGUAAAGACGAUUUUUAAAAUUAGUAGACAAGACUUUCCAUCAGCAUGUUUCUUGAUG